UGUAGCAUAUGGAACAAUGAAAUUAACAGUUCACCUGCUGUGGCCUGAACGUAGUUUUCACACCUUCCUCCUGGUGCGCAUGGACUUGAAUUGCGUGCCCGCUUGUGCAGUCCCUGUUUUUUCACCUCUUUUAUCAACAUCAUCAUCGUUUUGGGGCUUUUUGAAGAAACUUCGGACACUCAGUUGCCUUGACAUUUUUCAGAAGGUAGGGAAGCUGUUACAAGUUCAGAAUGGGACACCUCCAAGCACCAACUACAACGGGGUAGACGCCAUACAUGCCUGCAAUAUCCUUCAGCAGCUCAAAGCUCUUUAUGAUGAAGCUCAGCUCACAGACAUUGUCGUAGAAGUGGACCAUGGCAAGACGUUCUCGUGCCACCGGAACGUUCUUGCGGCAAUCAGCCCUUAUUUUAGGUCCAUGUUCACCAGUGGCCUUACAGAGAGCAGCCAACGGGAAGUCAGAAUUGUUGGGGUGGAAUCAGAAUCUAUGCACCUCGUCUUAGACUAUGCCUACACGUCCAGGGUCACGCUCUCAGAGUCUAAUGUCCAGGCCCUGUUCACCGCAGCCAGCAUUUUCCAGAUACCUGCCCUGCAGGACCAGUGUGCCCAGUUUAUGAUCAGCAGGCUCGACCCACAGAACUGUAUAGGGGUUUUCAUGUUUGCUGAUGCCUAUGGGCACCAAGAGCUGAAGGAACGCUCACAAGACUACAUCCGCAAAAAGUUCCUAUGUGUUUCACGGGAGCAAGAGUUCCUCCAGAUGACCAAGGAGCAGCUGGUCAGCAUUUUAAACAGUGAUGACCUCAAUGUGGAGAAAGAGGAGCAUGUCUAUGAGAGCAUAAUCCGUUGGCUGGAGCAUGAUCUGAGUGGUCGUGAGGCCCAUCUUUCAGAGGUGUUUUCCCUGUGCAUUCGUCUGCCUCUGCUGGAUGAUACUUUCCUCAGUCGGAUACCCGCACCGUUUGCUUGCGCCCUUUCCCUUUCUAAAGACCCUGUUGAGGCUAAAGCCCGCCUCACUGGCACUAAUGGUUGCCCCCAGCGCCUGGGAAUGACUGCUUCUGAGAUGGUCAUCUGCUUCGAUGCCGCUCACAAACACUCAGGGAAGAAGCAGACGGUACCUUGUUUAGACACGGCAACAGGGAGGGUGUUCAAGCUGUGCAAACCACCCAACGAUCUCCGAGAAGUUGGGAUCCUGGUAUCGUCAGAAAAUGACAUCUACAUUGCCGGAGGCUACCGACCAAGCAAUAGUGAGGUGUCGAUAGACCAUCGGGCAGAAAGUGACUUCUGGCAGUAUGAACAUGCGGGAAAUCGUUGGCUACCACAUGCACCUCUUUUAAGAGCAAGAAUUGGCUCUCGGCUGGUGCACUGCUGUGGGAAACUUUACGCAUUGGGUGGCAGAGUUUAUGAAGGCGAUGGUCGAAAUGCAUUAAAAUCUGUCGAAUGCUAUGACGCCAGGGACAACUGCUGGACGGCUGUGAGUCCCAUGCCAGUAGCCAUGGAGUUUCACAGUGCGGUGGAGUACAGAGAUCGGAUCUAUGUCCUCCAAGGUGAAUAUUUCUUCUGCUUUGACCCUCGGAAGGACUACUGGAGUCAUCUUUCUCCGAUGAGCGUCCCUCGGAGCCAGGGUCUAGCUGCUCUCUAUAAAAACUGCAUUUACUACAUCGCCGGCAUCUGCAAGAAUCACCAGCGUACUUUCACUGUGGAAGUCUACGACAUCGAAAGAAACAGCUGGAGCCGUAAGAGGGAUCUGCCCUUUGACCAUGCGACGAGCCCGUACAUCAAAGCCAUGCUGUUGCAAGGCAAACUGCACCUGUUUGUACGGGCAACGCAGGUCAUGGUGGAAGAGCACGUGUUUCGCACCAGCCGCAAGAACUCCCUUUACCAGUACGACGACGAGGCUGAUGUAUGGACCAAAGUCUAUGAGACGCCCGACCGCCUCUGGGAUUUGGGACGCCAUUUUGAAUGUGUGGUGGCCAAACUCUAUCCACAAUGUCUACAGAGGGUGCUCUGAUGUAGCCUGGCUUGUUCAUGUGAACUUAAUUUGUGAUGCAGAGGGAGUGGUGUGGUCGUGCCUGCCUUGUGCCUGGUGUUACCUCGGGUUUGCACCACAAAGACCAUUUUUAAAAUACGUCUUAAGCCGUGAAACCUUUUGGUUUGACAAGAUCAAGACGGGGGUGCUUUUAAAUAUUGCAGUAUUUUUUUUCCAGACAGCACCAACUACCCACACUGAUGCUUGCUCUAGAAAACCGUACAAUGAAUCAUAAGUGCAAUUAUUCAACUUGUUUUGCUUUUUGUUGAGCCAUGCUGUUAUACAUAAGUGAGGAUCUACAAAAGCAUGUAUACGUGGUGUGCACUCUGGAGAUAUGAAUGCUACAUUUCAGCAUAAAGUAAAACUAUAUAUAUAAAUACUAUAUAUUCAUACGGGUAAGAUGAGUACCAUUGCUCGUUAUUAGUUUGCUGGCUCUGAGGUUUGUGUGCGUUCCCUCGCUUACCCUCCCAAGUCAAAUCUCUGAAGCUUCGUUUAUAGGUGACUUAUUUUGAAGUGUAGUUGUGAUUUACGGUAGUGUUUUUGAUGCUUGUACGAUAUUUUUGUGUCCCUUACUCUUCCUUUAUGAGCGUUGUCCUGUCAAUCUGUAUACUAUGUGUUGCUUCUGACCUAUUUUUCUUUGUCCUAUUUUGAUUUAGAUUCUAGUUGCAUGGGGGCAUGCGCCUCCCACCCUUUCAGUUUGUCCAUUUUUUUGUCACACGUGAAGACAACUUGUGAUGUGUAAUGUUGGAAUAUGACCUCUCCACAUUGGAGAAAUGACAAGUGAACUUUGUGUCAACACUAAGUGGAAAGUUCAGACCAACUAACAGGCUUACCUCAGAGACUUCAGAAUUAUUCCAUUGUGAGUAGAAAAAUAAGGACAUUUCAGGUCAUUUUGUGUUAACGAAGCAACAGCAUUGAGUUCUGUGUGGGUUGCUUUCUGGAGUGUGUUAAAUGCAUUUGAGGUCUUGUAAUAGUUGAGCUGGAUUUUUGGAGUUUUGUAGUAGCAAUAAUUAUCGGAACUGUGAUUAGGCUACAUGUUUAUAUGAUUUAAGUUAAAGCGUGUCGAUCAUUUUGUGUGCUUGUCUGGUAUUGACAUCACGGGUUCCACUGGUGCAUGAGUGCAGGCUUGAAAUGACGUGGAAUUUAGUGCAGAUAACAUGAGAUGCUGACCUGCUUGUUGCAAGAAGAGGCAUCAGACUCGAAAUAUGUUCGUCCUGAUAAACAAUAUCUGAAAAGUCUUAAAUCAUCAUUGCACUGAAUCACUCCUCUUUAACAGGCCUGAAAUGCAGAAGCACCCUACUGGAAAGGCCAUGAUUCCGUCUUUAAAUGCUACCCAGUGGACCAACAUUUGGUGCUUUUUCAGUCCCCCCCCCCCCCCCCCCCCCCCCGACAAGUAAUACCACACCAAAGUGGUGUUUCUCGGCCCGUAUGACAUUUUCAGUACAUUACUGUCAAUUUCGUCAUGCAGGGUUCCUGUGUCAUCUUUGCACUACUACUUCUACACGAGUGGCCCACAUUCUGAAAGAGCUUCAGCAACCUUAUUACACUCAUCUGAGAGAAUUACAUGCAAAUAAAGCUUUCAUAAAAACAAUUGAAAACACCAUGAUAUUAAUACCAGAGGCGCUGACUUUUGUGGCUCGUUUCAGAGUGGAUGUUAACUUGAUUCACACGAUUUACAGUUGGUGAGCGAGCAAAGGAGAACUCAGGAUUUCUACUGAAACAGUACUGUAUUUUAAUUUUCUUGUGUAAUAUACUGUACUAUAGGUUUGCUGUACUUGCACAGUUUUUAAACUUCAUUUUCUUUUAUAACUUGAAAACUACGUAGAUGUUUUUGUCGUUAGUGGCUUUUCCACUUUUUUUUUUGUUUUUUUUUUUAAAUGUUCUUAUUUAGUUAUGGUAGAUAAUCCUGUUCUGAGAAGAUUACCUGCACGAGUAAUAGAUUUGAAAUGAUUUCCCCUGCACUGUAGUACAGUACCGUCUCACCAAAUAUAAGCAUUACAGAUCAAACUACAUUUUAACCCCAGUUAUGAAUAACAGUACAACAAGCUAAGAGUGCUAUUCUGUGUCAAAGAGUUUGUGGCCGUUUGCCGCAAAUACAAAGCUCAUCUCAACAGUGUAUAUCUGGGUGCUAUUUUAGAUCAAAUAUUCUUCAUGCUUUUGUUUUCUUCACUUUGCUGGUUUGUCUCUUGAGGGGGGCUAUAUGGUCUAUAGUGGUGGUUGAGCUCAACUGUGAAAUUCACUUGCACAUAACUUGAAAAUAAAACAAAAGUGAACAGAAGUCCAUUUGUUUUGUAGAAGUGUUGAAAAACAGGUGUAAAUAGAUAUGGGCCUACUGGGGGCUACUCUUUCAACAGUUAAGUACAACAGUUUAAAUGAUUUCUUUUACUCAUUUACUGUAUAUUACGGAGCCAACUGAUGCCUUAGGAAAAAAAACAACCUGUGUGUUCAUGUUAGUAAUAUUUAGUAAAUGGUGGACACAGAUUACUGAACUGAGAUUAGAAGACUGGGUGCAGUUUAAUAAGAUUGCAUUAAUAAUAAUUCUAGAUUACAAUUUUUUCCAAAAUAUUUCUACCCUGGCACGAGGAGGUUCUGUAGUUUAUACAGCAAUGUAUAACGAAAAGUUGCACAAAAAACAAUAACUUCAAAAGGGCUUGCACUUACUAAGGAGGUAAAAAUGCCACCUAGAGCUGACUCAAGCUUUUUUGUAAUCAAAAUAUGUUAAUGUUCUCAUGAUUAUGCAAUUUUUUCACGUUCUAACAAUAUUUUUAAUUCCAUAUACAGUAGGGCUACAGCUAUCGAUUAUUUUAGUACUUGAUAAAUAUCGACUACUUAGUUUGAAUAAUCGAGUAAUCUGCUUAGGAAGAUUUAAUGCGUUGAAAUAUAAAUUUUAGGAGUUGUAAAACAAAGGCUUGCUUAGAUUGAACUUUCAAAAGAGCAUUAAAUGAGUACACAAUUCCCAAUUGUUUCUUCAAACUAUGCAAGAGUUGCACUUUCCUUUAAAAAUAAAAUAACUGCGCUUAGCCUCAAACGGUAUUUAAAAAUAAAUAAAAGAGGAUCUAAGUAAAACAAGAGGCUAACUUGCAUAGCAAAAGUCUGCUAGCUUAAAUGCUAUAAAAUGCUAAUGUUUAAAAAAAAAAAAUUUUUAAACAAUACUCUUAGCAAAUCAUUCAAACACAUGUUCCCGCAAAAAAACAAACAAACAAAAAAAAAACAGCUAUAAACAAACUUAAGAAAGCAUAAAAAAACAUUAGCUGCUCCCUGUUGGUCUUAACAGGGAGCAGGUGAAUUCAGCCACGUUAAAUGAGUUAUGUCAUAUUCACUGUUGCCAAGAGAGGGCAUUGUAUCCACCCAAAUCAAUAAAACUACAGUUAAUCCAAACACUUUCAAAACGAACCAUAACAACGCCACUCCAACGAAUACUCAAAGCAGCAAAAUUUGAUCCGAAGCUUUUUUCUAAUCGAAUUACUGGAGUUAAUCGAUUAAUCGUUGCAGCACUAAUUCCAUACUCAAGAAAAUAAAGCUAUUUAUUCCGGUUGGGGUCACUGGUGGAGCCCCGUGUAGAUUGGAUGUCUUCUUUUAAAUCGCAAAACAUUUUAACAUUUAGCCAUUCUAUUGUCUUGCUAAACAAACAUGAUUUAGGAAGUGUAAUUGCAAGUAGCUUUGGACACAAAACGGCAUGACCAGUGACCUGAACCGGGAAAAAAUAACGGAAGUAAAACGUAUCACGUUUUACAAAUUAAAAUAUGAAAUGACUUGUAAGAAUACGAAUAGUCACACGCAUAAAACGUGAAAUAUCACUUAUAUGGAGUAUAAAUAAUACACAGUAAUCAGAAUAGUAAUACACAAGCAAACGUAGUUUAAAAGGACUCAUUCAGUAUGUGUACUAUUUGAUAGCAGUCCU